GUCCGCUCGGCCGUUCAUUUCCGUUUGUCGCGAAGGUGAACGAGUGUUUCGGCCGUUAGCUCGCGCGAUUCCGACCAAGUCACGAUUUGCGCGGGGUAACUCGGCGUUUCGCCGAAACUGCAACCACCUGCACGCUCAUUUCAGCAUCUCCUCGGUCAUUCUCACCGUCUCACGUCGUGUCGAUCAUUUCGUCGGAGUUUUAGCCCGCACUCGUCGACAGAAGUAGCGGCACGAUGACGGACAAUCAAUAUUCUAAUUACCAGCAACAAGGCUACAAUCAGUACAGCCAACCACCACCUUCGGCUGGUCAAGAUACUUCGUAUCCGCCGCCGACAACCAGCGGAGGUGGCUAUAAUCAAUACAGUCAGCCUCCCCCGAAUACCGGCACCAACUAUGGCAAUUAUAACAAUUACAAUUCUAACGCCGGUCAGGAUUACAAUCCGCCGCAGAACCAGGGCAACUAUGGGCAGAAUAACUACGGCGGUGGUAACGCAGGCAGUGGAGAUGGCGGUAACAAUUAUGGCAGUGGGAAUUACGGACAUAGUAAUAGCGGCGGCAGUAGUAGUGGCUACAAUCGUAAUAACUCCGGUAGUUACAGUGGAGGCCAAGGAGGAGGAGGUGGUGGUGGUGGAAGCGGUAGAUACAGCGAUCGCGGUGGUUACGGAGAUCGCUCCAGCGGUGGUUACAACAGUGGCGGUGGCCGUGGUGGUUAUAACAAAGGGGGCUACGGUGACCGCAACAGCGGAGGAGGUGGUGACGGAAUGGUUACGCAGGAAGAUACGAUAUUUGUAUCUGGUAUGGAUCCGUCGAUUUCCGAGGACGAGAUAUGCCAACACUUUGGAGCGAUCGGCGUUAUUAAGCAUGAUAAGCGCACGGGCAAACCCAAAGUGUGGCUGUACAAAGACAAGAAUACGGGAAAGUCCAAGGGUGAGGCGACCGUGACUUAUGACGAUCAGAACGCCGCGCGCUCGGCCAUUAGUUGGUUCGACGGCAAGGAGUUCAAGGGUUGCACGAUAAAGGUGCAGAUGGCGCAGCACAAAAGCAACUGGCAAGGCAAUCGAAUGGGCGGCGGUCGGGGCGGCGGCGGCGGACGCGGCCGUGGCGGUGGCAGCAGUUUCGGCGGCCGCGGAGGCGGCGGCGGCGGCGAUCGUGAUGAUCAUCACCGUGGAGGUGGCGAGGAUCGUCGCGACGGCGGUGGUCGCGGAGGCGACUGGAGGUGCCCCAAUCCCGACUGCGGCAACACGAACUUCGCUUGGCGAGAUCAGUGUAAUCUCUGUAAAAGCCUGAAGCCGGAAGGUCUCAGUUACGGCAGCGGCGGUGGCAGAGGAGGCGGCCGAGGUGGUAGUGAUCGCGGUAACCGAGGAGGUUUCAGGGGCGAUCGUGGAGGACGCGGAGGUGACAGAGGCGGCAGAGGUGGCGGUUUCCGAGGCGGAGACCGAGGUGGUCGUGGAGGUAGAGGUGGCCCCAUGAGGGGAGGUGGCGGCCGGGGUGACAGGGACAGAGAUCGCCAGCGGCCCUACUAAUUCUCUCCUGUAUUCAUGUUCAACAGCCGACUUGCCGACUUGCUAAAAGUAACUUGUACACAUUUUGUACACAAGUUUCUCAAUGCUUGUACAUUUCGCGAAGCGGAAGUCAACACCCCCCCCCCUUCCCCCUCCUAUGCGCCAUAUGUUUCUUCUUUCUUUUUUUUUCUUUUCACGUGUAAUUUUUUAUAUUCAUGAAGAUCCGCCUCAUUUCAUGUUAUGUUAGCACAAUGACUAUACACAAUGUAAAAUUAAAUCUCGAAUAGACAACAAUAGAUAAGAUUCUAAGUUACGUCAAAUGUA